UUUUGCGAAAACACGUCUUUUUUCUCUUUCUCUCUUUGCUCUCUUCUGAGAAACUCUAAGGGAACCUCUGGGAGAAGAAAGAGCGUGGGUGAAGGAAUGGCUGGUACAGCAGCAUCUCAACCACAAUUGCGGUUGUACGGACUCGAGUUGUAAAGCAUGCAGAUGAAGCAGCAAAUGCCUAUCAAAUAUUCAUCAGACCAGGGGAGGCAGUGCAGCUUGAAACAGAAGAUAAAACAGAGGGGGCUGGAGCAGUCACUUCGUACUGUCUCUUGUCUGUCGCCCUCUGAUUCUCCCAGUUUGUACUUUCUCUUUUUCACCACCCUUUUCUCCAUCUUCAUCACAUGCCUCCCCUUUGUGUUAGCAAAGUUUUUAUCAGUGUACAAAACAACUGGAAGCCCUGCAUUGUUAACAUAAUCGGCCCUGUGUCACCAUAUGUCUAAAUAUGAGUGUGUGAAUAUGUAGCUGUAGAUGCUGCAGGUCCAUAUUUUCCCCCUGCCUGGCUGCAGCGGGGCAGCAUGGGGAGAUCUCUGCGGUCAUCACCUUCCACUACCAUGGCAACGGCCUACAAAUCACCCUAAGGGCGAGCUGCACGCUGCAACGCCUAUUCACAGUCUGGGGAUGACUCCUGAUCAGUCUGAUCUGAAUGUCAGUGCUGACUGAGAUGAACACCACCGACACACGCACGAACAAUGCCUUUGUAUUUAUUUGUGAUCAACAACAGAUGGACGUGAGUCAGAAGAGCACAUGGCGAAGCAUUGUCCAUCAGCUACUGCUAUAUAUCAUUUCUUGUGUUUAUCAGGUUUCUAUUAGAAUGUUAAUACACCGUUAGAAAAUUGGUGAUGUUAGAGAUUGUUUGUCAUAGUUGUGUAAUGUUUCUGGAGGCAGUCGUGGUUUUGAUGCUUGACCUUUGCCUGAAUUGUAAAUCAACUCUUGUGUAACUGCAGUGUAAUUUAUUUGUCUCCCUUCAUCCUGCAGGUAUUCAGAGGAAGAUGUUCAGCCACCAGUGCAGUAAACUCACAAACUGCUUGAGCUUUUCUAUUUUAUUGCUCUCCAGCAUUUACACAAUCCUAUUCUAUUUUUAGAUUCACUCUAAUUGCCAGGCUGCUCCUCCAUCCUCGUCACAAAGCUCUUCAUCACCACCACCAUCACCGCCACCUUCGCUUUUUCUUCCUACAGGCUACUUUCAGCACCGGAUAGCUCCCGUGGUUCCCACGCUCCGCCCACCCCCGCUAGACUGUCGGUGCGAAGCGACCACACGCUGGUGGGCGACACUUAACGGGCCUAUUAGGACUGUAUUGGGGUGGGGGAUCGGGGGGGCGGAACUUCAAGAACAAUUUGCUCGCAGUCUUACUCCUCUCACAUGGAAUUCUUGGAGGCGAAGUCAGAGGAGAAACCGCUGCAUGUGAAUGGACGGUGCCGCUACUGUAAGUGUUGUUUUCGUGACUUGGGAGGCUGGAAGCUGUCUGGAUAGCUGUUCGCAUCAGACUGUAGUACUGCACAGCGGACGACAAACGAGGGAAGCCGUUUUUCUUUCCCACGGUGCGGAAACAAUAUGCUCAAACAGAGUGAGAAUCCUCAGAUGCCCGUGGGUUGGAAAUCGAGCGCAGUCUCCGAUGUGUGCUUAAAGUGUCUCUAAUCCCGUGAAGCAGCAGCGUGACUUUGGAUAUGCUUGCCACACUUUGCCGAGCGCUCACAGUGUCUUCUCUGUGUUCGUGAACAGGAAAAAUGGCUCUCUUGGUUGUCCCGCUGCUUCUGCACACAGGGCUCGUUUUUGGAUCCAACUACGGUUACGUGGAGUGGUCGGACAAUGACAGAGACGAGAAGAACCCCCCCGUCUUUAGCACACAGAGUGUUGUCAGGGAGCCGCCCCUCCACCCGACCUAUUACUCGGUUCCAUCCACCGAGCGCACGGUGGUAGCGCACAAAAUCGAGGAGGACCUGCCGAGGGUGGUGACAGCCUUCUUGCACACCGGCGACUCCUCGGCGUUGAGGCAGGUCAACUGUUCGAGGAGAUACGAGCUGAGCAGUCUGCGAGGCGGCCUGCACGUCGCUUCCCAUUAUUCCCUCCACAGCGUCCUGGACACCGUAGCGCACGCCACAAACUUCCUGAAUAUGCUCCUGCAGGCCAACAGGUCCCGAGAGGAAACGCUCCGAAGGGAUAUCCACUGGUACCACGCUUUGGUUCAGAGCAUACUCGAGGGAGACCCCAAAAUCCACAGGGCUGUAGUGACCUUCCACGCGAGCGCCCAGGCGCCGGGGCCCCACGUUUUUCUCCAGGCGACCAGAACCGAGAAGGAGGUGGUGCUGCAGGACCUGUCCGGCUUCGCGCACCGUCACCUGAAGAGCCGCAGCUCGGAGUCGGAAUGGUUCAAUGAGUUCAGGGACGGGAAGAGACCGCACGCGUACAGGAGGGUCCUGCUGGCACCCGGCGUCCGGGGCGGAAGUUAUCUCCUGGACAAAAAGCAGAUCAAGUGGUCGGCACCGUACCUGGAGUGUGAACACGGGGCGUUUGUGCCCCAUUGGCUGCUCACCUUGUCCGCUGGCUUCUACGGACUCAAGACUAACUCGGCACCAGAGUUCAGGGGAGUUGUGCGUGUGGAUGUGAACCUGCAGGACGUGGACAUUGACCAGUGCUCCAGCAGUGGCUGGUUUGCUGGGACUCACCGCUGUAAUCUCACCAGUAUGGAGUGCACUCCCAUCGUUGGCCAUGGAUUCGUGUUGGACAAGUACAAGUGCCAGUGCAGGAGAGGAUUCUACCACCCGAGCAGAGUGACACUCAACGGCUUUAAAAGUAAGGAGCGGGUCUUUCACAGGGACGAGGCCUCUGACGUAUCGAGCAAGUGCCUCCCCUGCCGCGAGGGGUGCCCCUACUGCCGAGACGACACGCCCUGCAUCGUGCAGGAGGACGGGGCUCUGCGCCUGGCGGUGGCCUCCUUCCAGGGCCUGUGCAUGGUGCUGGACCUGGCCAGCAUGGUGGUGGUCUACCACUUCAGGAGGAACAAGAGCAUUCGCACUUCGGGCUUCAUUCUGCUGGAAGCCAUCUUGCUUGGGGCUCUGCUGCUCUACUUCCCCGUGAUGAUCCUCUACUUCCAUCCCAGUGUGUUCCGCUGUAUCCUGCUGCGCUGGGUUCGCACCCUGGGCUUCGCCGUCAUGUAUGGCACCGUCAUCCUCAAACUAUACAGGGUGUUGAAGGUCUUCCUGUCGCGUACGGCCCAGAGAACGCCCUACAUGACCAGCUGGCGGGUGCUGCGCCUGCUGGCUGUCAUCCUGCUGGUGGUGUCCUGGUUCCUGGUGGCCUGGACCUCGGCCGUGUGCCAGAACCCGGAGCUGAGCCGCGCGCUGAUUGCCGCGGGCGUCACACCAGAGGGGCUGCAGUUCAGCGCGUGUCUGCUGGACCGGUGGGACUACAUGAUGGCCGUCGCGGAGUUCCUGUUCCUGCUGUGGGGCGUGUACCUCUGCUACGCCGUCCGCACCAUCCCCUCGGCUUUCCACGAGCCGCGGUACAUGGCUGUGGCCAUUUACAACGAGCUCCUCAUAUCGGCCAUCUUCUACAUCAUCAGGUUCUCUCUAGUGCCGGGGCUGCACCCUGACUGGAUGCUCAUGUUGUUCUUUGCUCACACGCAUCUGACUGUGACUGUAACUCUGGGGCUGCUGCUUGUCCCAAAGUUCCUGUCCAAGGGGACCCAGGCCAGGGAUGAUAUUGCCACAGAGGCCUAUGAGGAGGAGCUGGAUAUGGGAAGAUCUGGCUCCUACCCUAACAACAGCCUCACGUCAGCCUGGAGCGAGCACAGCUUGGACCCAGAGGACAUACGGGACGAGUUGAAGAAACUCUACACUCAGCUGGAAGUGUACAAACGCAAGAAGAUGCUGGCCAACAACCCCCACCUCCAAAAGAAGCGCAACUCCAAGAGAGGCCUGGGACGCACGCUGAUGAAGCGGAUAACGGAGAUCCCAGAGACCAUGCACCUCCACCGCCAGUGCAGUCGCGACGACGGCAGUGAGCACGGCAGCAACCGCGGCACUCUGAGGAGGAACCCGUGUGAACCAGGCCUUCACGGCAAAACUCAGGAUGAGUUGAUGAAGAACAGUGUCAUGGGUCUAAAGAAGUCACUGAGUUAUGACCACGUUUGUGAUCAGGAGGUGGAAGCUGGAAACCAGACUGGCUCAGCCGUGGGGGACAAGGUUCUUCCCGUGGGGGGUGCUGGGGAGGGAUCUCUUCUGGGGUCCCUUAUCGGCCGAAGACACACCAAGAAACAGCUGGAACCAGCUGCCACACCACCGCGGCUGGAGCCGGCCGACUCCACCGAGUCUGUCCCUCUGUUCUGGAAGUCAGCCAGCGUCCACAACCUCACUCACGAGAAGAGACCCGUCCACCUGCGGACCUCCAUCAUGCAGAAGUCUCUGAGCGUGAUCGCCAGCGCCAAGGAGAAAGUGCCAGGCCUCGGCGGCAAAACGCCAAGCGUGGAGGACACUGGCAAGAAGGGGCUGAAGGGACAGCAGACCAGGAUGCUGUCAGAGGUGGAUGAAACCCCUGAGCACUACCCAAAGAUGAUCAUCAGCCUGUCGGUGGAGUACUCCAAGACGCCCAUGAAGAUGGGCAUCAUGAAACAACAGGUGAGCGGCAGCCAGCCGUCCAUUUGCUCUGAGACUGGUAGGAGCCUUUAUGACGUGUCUGAGGUUUGUCCCUGGGAGCUGGAGGAGCCUCAGACUCCCUCUGAAGGGAAGACGCAGAAACAUGUUUCUAUUGCUCCUGGAGAAACGACUUUGAGUCGGAGAGGCAGCAGCAGCAGCUCGGGAGUCCCCAAAGUGAGUCGGUCCCAGCAGAGGCAGAAAACAGGGCAGUCACCCUCCAACAGGCGCCGCUCCAAAGAAAAAGCAGGAGAAAGGGAGGAAGGCAGGGAGAUGAGGAAAUCCCAUCCACCGAGUUCACCUCUGCCCCUUAAGCCAGAUGUGUGCCCCUGGGAAUUUGACGAGCAGCCCAUGCUGGGAGGAGACUCAGACUCCAUCUCCCCAGACAGGAUCAGGCGUAAGAAAAGCGUCACACCCACUGAUGGGAAACCAAAAGGGCUUCACUCAGACUACUCCAAGUCUACAGGAAGCCUUCUGCAACCUCCCUCCCUGAUGGUGGAGAUCUGUUCAUGGGAUUACACCAACACCCCCCCGCCCAAGCAGGACAAGAGCUGCAACAGCCCAACCACACACAAGAAGAAGCGGAAAGGCUCCUGCUCGUCCAACCACAAAGCAGAGAAAGGCCGGGAGAAGAGCAAGGAGAGGCGCAGCUCCUCCAGCAAGCCGCCAUCAGAGCGGAGACGGGUCAGCCAGUCGUCAGAGUGCAGCGGCUCGGCUCCCGAGCGGCGGAGAAGCUCCACCAGAGACCCAGAGGUUAUGGAAGUCAGGAGGGCAGAGGCGACCAACGCCACACAGAAAACCAGACCUUCGCCAGACAGGAAGAAAGAGUCACUGAGCACUAGUUACAAACCCGCGGUGAUAAGUGGAGCAAACAUGGCUGACGUUUGUCCCUGGGACUUUCCGGAGCAGGACUCUAGCGAGAGGGCAUGAUGGCUGCCUGGGGGGGGGGUGUCUUUGCACACUGACAGCACAGUGGACAAAGAAACCGAACGUAACACGAGUGAAAGAAUGUUUUGGGAGAUGAACAUUUACUCUUCUGUCAAUGAUGCAAUCCCAACAUUAAAGCGAAUGAUUCACCGACAUCGUGUUCGACGCGAGUCCGUUUUGAGGAGUUUCUAUCUUGCACUUUUUGCUUGCACUUUUGUCAAAGUUACUUUGUUUGUACGUUUCAUCACGCCGUACGUGAAGGCGAUUUGUAAAUGAAUCACAUUUACCAGCUGAUCAGACAAUCAUUGCUCACAGAUGAUUAAAUAUUGAUGCGUGUGUUUCCUGUUACGUUGAUGAUGGAAAAGCAGACGGGGCCAGUGACCUUAGGAAAAACAGGACGCUGGCACCGAGAGGUGGGACCAAAGCCCUGGACGCAGCUGGGAUGUCUUGCCUUCGGACCCAAUCCAUUAUUCAUGGCAGAAAUAUGAUGUGUUUGAUUAUACGAUCACAGGAACGACAAACAAUUGGAGGAGAUCAGAGGAGGAAAAGUAACGUACUGUAGUUUUCUAAAAAAGCAAUUGCAUGUGGCAAACUACUGUAUCAAGCAUCCAAGUAAAUGUGUAUUGAUCAAAUAUGACAGUGGAACGUUUGGUGUCAUUGUUACAGUAUUUGUUUCCUCCUUUUGAAAGUGAUGUGCUACACGUAUCAGAGCUCAUGAGGACCCCCCAGCGGUUGACACCUUAUUAAGGCGUCGUGUCUAUGAAAGCACUGUUUCCUGACUGUACUGUAUCUCCACAUGUCCCAAAAAGAGAUGGCUGAGUCGUUGAAGGACCAAAAACCAGAGACGAUGUGAAUAAUGCAUCUUUAAAUCACUUAGUUGCUCAUUUUACAUCAGCUUGAAUGCACCUUCCUUCAAACCUUUGCACUUAUUCAAUCACGUAAAAUCACGUCUAUGCAUGACUUGGCAUUAACUUUUUUUUUGCCUCUCACCGACAGAAAUAUGAGUAAUUUACCAUUUCAUCAUCAGCUUUGUCAACAACAGCAGCCAAGCCUGUGAUCAACCACCCACCACUGACACCUCAUGCAGCACAGACGCAUGCGACAGUCACUUUAGCUUCAUUAUGGUCGUGUGUGUGCAUGACAGUGGAAUCACAUGGUGCCAUCCUAGACAGAAGGUCACGAGACGAGAGAAAAUAAAAGCCUGUACAAUGAAAUACUCACGUGGUGGAAUAAUCAAAUUUAGAUAUCAGAUGUCGUCAUGUAUGGAUCAAGUGCUUCAACCUUCUGUCUGAGAUCAAGACAAGUUUCGCUUUAGCUCAGCAGGGAUUCGGGAAUCAGUGAGUGGAAGACUUGAUAAAUAUACAUGAACCAGCACUCAAACGUUCACGCGCUGUUUCUCUCCGAUAGUUUUAGGCGGUUUGAAUGUUGUAACCAGCCCACUAACUGUAUCUAAUGCUUGUUAUGCUGUAUGGGAGUAUUUAUAUUGUACUUUCAUUUUGUCCUGCAUGUACAUACAGUAAUUGCCCUGUCUCAGCUCUGAAUUAAACCUUUCUAUAAAAACCCUA